AAAAAUAUGACAAAUUGUCUCUGCCUCAGUAACCAGUCAUAGACCAGUGAAUAAUUUCUGUCAGUUUUCUUUUCCGGUUUACCUGUGGAGUACGCGAGACGUCUGCCACAGGCACCUGUCCAAGAUGGGCGCGUACAGAUAUAUUCAGGAGUUAUACAGAAAAAAGUUGAGCGAUGUUAUGCGUUUCCUCUUGCGUGUCAGAGUAUGGCAGUACCGCCAGUUGACUCGUAUGCAUCGCGCCCCUAGGCCUACCAGGCCCGACAAGGCUAGGAGACUGGGUUACCGUGCCAAGCAAGGUUUCGUUAUCUUCAGAAUCCGCGUGCGCCGUGGUGGCCGCAAGCGCCCCGUGCCCAAGGGUGCCACUUAUGGUAAACCCAAGAGUCAGGGUGUUAACCAGCUGAAACCCACACGCAACCUGCAGUCUAUUGCCGAGGAGCGUGUCGGUCGCCGUUGCGGUGGUCUGCGUGUUCUUAACUCAUACUGGGUGGCUCAAGAUUCAUCAUACAAAUACUUCGAAGUCAUCUUGGUUGACCCCUCACACAAGGCGAUCCGCAGGGACCCCAAGAUCAACUGGAUAGUAAAUGCUGUCCACAAGCACCGCGAGAUGCGUGGUCUUACCUCCGCUGGCCGCAGUUCCCGUGGUCUCGGCAAAGGUCACAGAUUCUCACAGACCAAGGGAGGCUCCCGCCGCGCCGCCUGGAUCCGCCGCAACACGUUGCAGCUCCACCGCAAGCGAUAAAUGUUGCAUUGGACGUGCCAUUGACUUUCUAUUUGAUUUUUUUUAUUCUCAUAUGGAAAGCCAGUGUCAAAUAAAAUUUUACUUUACAAUUUUGAUUGUUUUUUACUUAUCUACACUUUCUUCAAACCACCACUCAGUCUAUUAACUGACCAAGACUCGACGAGCCUUAGUUGGAACUUCAAAACAGUCACCCCUGUUUUGCAGCCAUCAUCGCGUAAAGCACAAGGUCUCGCGCACAAGCAUUCCUUAGGAUGGAUGUAGCUGCUUAAUAUAUUAUACAAAAAUAUGUAACUGGACUUCAUUUAAUAAAAUUAAACAUUUUAAAAAU